AUGAAUAUGAGCUCAUCCACUCAUGACAUCAAAACUGAACUAGACAUAGAAAGGCCUGGCGAACAAGUUCAGAGUCCUCCUGAGAAUUUCAGGCAAAUCACAUCCAAUAAAUGGUCACCCCGAAGUUCAUUGCCAUUAGAUAUUGAUCGUACUAUCUGUUUUGAACAGAAUGGGAAAGAAUUCGAUACUGCUUCUGCUGAGUACAUACAGAGAUUGAUGCUAUUGACUUCAAAUGCUAGAAGUUCACAUUGCCAGGAUGAUGAAGCAGUGGACUUAACUGAGCCCCGAUUUGAAUCGUUUAGUAUGGCAAAUGUUAGGUCCACCAUAUAAUUGCAACUACCCUAAAACCAAAGAUGCUACAGCAGAACUGGCGAGUAUCAAUUACGCUUACAUGCAAUUUCAAAGUACAGUGUAUUCAUGGUAUCCUUUUCUUUGCUCCUUUAGCUGUUCAAAGAAUCUGCAAAUUAGGAUGAAACAAGCAUUUUGAUCAUUUUUUUUUAUUUUUUCUCUCUGAACUCUUAAUUUUAAGAGCAUCACAGGUCUGUGAAAUAAUUAUCUAUGUAAUUCUAAUAGGGGAUUUCACGUCUUUUUUCAUUUUUUAUUUUUUAUUUGUACAAAAGUUCAAAGAAAAUUCAAUUUGUAUAUAUUGUCUUAUUAUC